AUGGCAGCCCAGGCGACCGAGAAGCUGCAGCAGCUGGAACUGAACGGCCAAAAUGGCGCUCCGGCCGACGCCCCCGCGGUUGACCAGACGGCCUCUGGCGAAGCCGAGGACGACUCUGAUGAUGAUCAGGUAGAGGGAGAGGGUGCUCCGGAGGCGGGAGCAGCUGGAGCUGCCAAGAAGAAGAAGAAGCGCAAGUCCAAGAAGAAGAAGAAGGGUGGUGCCAAGGUUCAGAGCGAGCCUCCCCGUGUCCCCGUGUCUCAAUUAUUCCCGAACAACACCUACCCCGAGGGCGAGAUUGUCGAGUAUCAGAAUGAGAAUUCAUACCGCACCACCAACGAGGAGAAGCGAUAUCUGGAUCGCAUGAACAACGACUUCCUGCAGGAGUACCGCCAAGGUGCCGAGGUCCACCGUCAGGUCCGGCAGUACGCCCAAAAGAAUAUCCGCCCGGGUCAGACUUUGACGGAGAUUGCGGAGGGCAUUGAGGACUCUGUGCGUGCCCUGACCGGUCACUCUGGCUUGGAGGAAGGGGACAACCUGAAGGGUGGCAUGGGUUUCCCCUGUGGUCUGAGCAUCAACCACUGCGCGGCUCACUACACCCCCAAUGCGGGCAACAAGAUGGUCUUGAACCAAGGAGAUGUCAUGAAGGUUGAUUUCGGUGCGCACAUCAAUGGUCGUAUUGUCGACAGUGCUUUCACCAUGAGCUUCGACCCCGUGUAUGAUCCGCUUUUGGAGGCUGUCAAGGAUGCCACCAACACUGGUAUUCGGGAAGCCGGAAUUGACGUUCGUAUGAGCGAUAUCGGUGCGGCCAUCCAAGAAGCCAUGGAGAGCUACGAGGUUGAGCUUAACGGAACCAUGCACCCGGUCAAGUGCAUUCGAAACUUGAACGGACACAACAUUGAACAGCAUGUCAUUCACGGAGGCAAGAGCGUACCUAUCGUCAAGGGAACCGAUCAGACCAAGAUGGAGGAAGGUGAAGUCUUUGCGAUUGAGACGUUUGGCAGUACCGGCAAGGGAUAUGUUCGGGAAGAAAUGGAAUGCUCUCACUAUGCCAUUGCUCAAGAUGCGCCCAACGUGCCCCUUCGUCUGUCAUCCGCCAAGAAUUUGUUGAAUGUGAUUCAAAAGAACUUUGGCACAUUGCCCUUCUGCCGGCGAUACUUGGAUCGUCUGGGUCAGGAGAAGUAUCUUCUGGGGUUGAACAAUCUGGUUUCGUCCGGUAUCGUUCAAGAUUACCCGCCUCUCUGCGACAUCAAGGGCUCUUAUACUGCCCAAUACGAGCACACCAUUGUGCUCCGCCCCAACGUGAAGGAGGUUAUCAGCCGAGGAGACGACUACUAA